CUCAAACUCGCCUCCCUCCUCCUACGCCCCGUCGUCGCAGCACCCAGGAGCGCUGCUGCCCCGCCUCCGGAUCCCGGUGAAAAAUGGCUGACGCCGAGGACAUCCAGCCCCUCGUCUGCGACAAUGGAACCGGUAUGGUCAAGGCCGGGUUCGCCGGAGACGACGCGCCCAGGGCCGUCUUCCCGAGCAUAGUGGGCCGCCCGCGCCACACGGGGGUCAUGGUCGGGAUGGGGCAGAAGGACGCCUACGUGGGCGACGAGGCGCAGUCCAAGAGGGGUAUCCUCACGCUCAAGUACCCCAUCGAGCACGGGAUCGUCAGCAACUGGGACGACAUGGAGAAGAUCUGGCAUCACACCUUCUACAACGAGCUGCGUGUCGCCCCCGAGGAGCACCCAGUGCUGCUCACGGAGGCGCCGCUCAACCCCAAGGCCAACAGGGAGAAGAUGACGCAGAUCAUGUUCGAGACCUUCAACACCCCCGCCAUGUACGUCGCCAUCCAGGCCGUGCUCUCCCUCUACGCCAGUGGUCGUACCACAGGUAUUGUGCUCGAUUCUGGUGAUGGUGUCAGCCACACUGUCCCCAUCUACGAAGGAUAUGCUCUUCCCCACGCUAUCCUCCGUCUCGACUUGGCUGGUCGUGAUCUCACCGACUACCUCAUGAAGAUCCUCACUGAGCGUGGAUACUCGUUCACCACCACGGCCGAGCGGGAAAUUGUCAGGGACAUGAAGGAGAAGCUGUCCUACAUUGCCCUGGACUACGACCAGGAGAUGGAGACCUCCAAGACCAGCUCUUCUGUGGAGAAGAGCUACGAGCUUCCUGACGGCCAGGUCAUCACCAUCGGUGCUGAGCGGUUCCGUUGCCCUGAGGUCCUCUUCCAGCCUUCCUUCAUUGGGAUGGAAGCUGCAGGUAUCCACGAGACCACCUACAACUCCAUCAUGAAGUGCGACGUGGAUAUCAGGAAGGAUCUAUACGGCAACAUUGUUCUUAGUGGUGGUACCACUAUGUUCCCUGGCAUUGCUGAUAGGAUGAGCAAGGAGAUCACUGCCUUGGCUCCUAGCAGCAUGAAGAUUAAGGUUGUUGCUCCCCCUGAAAGGAAGUACAGUGUCUGGAUCGGAGGAUCCAUCUUGGCAUCACUCAGCACCUUCCAGCAGAUGUGGAUUGCAAAGGCUGAGUACGACGAGUCUGGCCCAUCCAUUGUGCACAGGAAAUGCUUCUAAUUCUCCGGACCCAAGAAUGAAAGCCAUGGGGAGCCUUUAUCGCAACCCUCCUGCUUCGUUUCUCUCUUCUUUUUGUUGCUGUUUCUUCAUUAGCGUGGACAAAGUUUUCAGCUGGCCUAUCGGUUACCGAUUUCUUCUAUCUAUUCACAAAGACUGUAAUAUCUAUUGCUACUUGUGCUUCUCACUUGUGAUUUUGGACACAUAUGUUCGGUUCAUUCAAAUUUAAUCAGAUGCCUGAUGAGGCUACUAGAGAAAUUGUGUUCUGAUUUGUCAUGUGUCAUCUGUAUCUUGUUAAGUGAAUAAUAUGAAAGUGUCUUGAUCCCA